AUGUUGCAAAAAGCCUCUCUGGUUGCUUUCUUUAUUCUCGCUAUAACGGCAUCUUCUAGUGCUGAAGGUCUCUAUACCAAGAACUCCGGCGUCCUUCAAGUCGAUGGCUCAAGCUACAACAAGCUCGUUGCAAAGUCGAAUCAAGUAUCGAUCGUAGAGUAA